AUGGCGCCCCGGAUCCAAACCCGCGUGUCCAACGCACUUCUCCCCUAUCUCACUUCCUCAUCCCAACCAUCCUCUAUUCCAUCACUAUGCUCUUCAUCACAAUCCCUCUCCCGCCAAUUCUCGGCCACGGCCGCUCCCCAGACCAAGCUCCGUCGGCAAAUGUUCGAGUGGCUUAACACCCAAGGAGCUGCCUUGAAGCAUCAUAUUCCUGGCGAGACCAAUUACUUGAAAGAUGCACGAGACUCAGAUCUCACUGAUACCACACGUCCGUUCCCCAACAACCGGAAUUUCGUUAGUGAAAGUGUCCUCAGUGAAGACCUGCGGAACGAAGUUUACGUUCGCGUUGUGGAGAAGAAGAAGAGUCUGCGUGCCGUCAGUGUCGAGCUUGGUAUCGAUAUGAAGCGUAUCGCAGCAGUCGUACGCUUGGUAGAGCUGGAGCGAAGACAAAAAUCACAGGGUAAACCCAUGGCCUUGCCAUAUGCUCGGGCAGUGCACGAAAUGAUUCCGAUCACUCCCCUUGCCGAUAGGGGCGAACGUCCAAAUUUCCACGAGCCCAUUAACGACCUUCCUGUCCAUCCUUCCACUGGCUCCCAAAUUUUCUACCCCGUUCCUGAAUCCCGCGCGUUCACUCGAGUUGAUGCUGGUCGAGUAUUUUCUGGAGCCCCCGCAAUGGAGAAUGAUCGCAAGGCACAGAUCUCUCAUCCCUCCGAUCUUGUCGAAGAGAUCGUGCAAAACCCUCACUCGAUUGAGUGGGUCGGCAAGGGUGCCAAUGCCCGCCAGGUCCUCCAGCCUGCGGAUCUGCGCAUCCCUCACCCGCAACUGGUUCAGCUGGAGCGUGACCGUAUGUCUAAUCCUAAUGAGCGCCGCGCGGUCGGUGAGCGUCACACACAGCGCCUUCAACGCCAGGAGGAGGCCGAGAAGAAGCGUCGGGAUCGUGCUCAGGAACGCCGCGAGAAGAGCGUGAACACCAUCGAGCCUGCCGGCGGACGCUUUGACUACCGUGUCAAGGAUGCGGUCUUCACCAAGGAGACCGUCGGUGUCGAUGGCCGUGCUCACUGGGCACCUGGCCGUCGCUACGGUGUUCCUACCAACGACCGCACUCGUGGCACGGUCAAGAUCCCUACUCGCGUGGAGGCCUAA